UCUUCGCCCAGCAAGCAUCACAGCGGGGCGUACACAGCUAGCUGCCCAGCUCUCAAAGCCUCGCUCGAAUCAUUAGCUAGCAGACUCGAAUCAUCAGCAUGGCGUCUGCCGGCCGCCGCCCCACGGUGCUCCUGCAGAUCGCUCUCUUCGUAGUCAUCGCCGCGGUCAUCAUCAACAGCUCCGUCUGCCUUGGAGCCGCCGCCGGCGACGCCACUGCAGGCUCUGGUGCUUUCGACCCUAACCGCCCUGCUGUCCCGUCGACGGGUGGUGCUGGUAAACCCUACACCGGCCGUGGGUGCUUCCGUAACUACCGCUGCUACCCACCGGCUGCUGGCCAACCCUAAGUAAGGAAUUCCCCUAAAAAUAAUGCAAAGAUCGAUCGAUGUAUGUAACUGAACGACGGCCUAGAUGCAUGCAUGCAUGCCUCCGACGUGUCAGCGCAAGUUAUUCUACUGCCAUGCAUCACCUUAUACACAGUAAUAUUGUUUCCUGUUGUAUUUACACUCUGAAUAAAACUGGAUAUAUAUUGCUGCA